CAGAGAGAGAGAUACAGAGAGUCUGCGAGAGAGGCAAUAGGAGCAGCCGUGGAGGACUAAGAAGAGGAUGACCCUGUGAUCUUGCCAAGGAUGAGCAGAGACGAGGAGAGACGCAUCACUAUGAAUAAGGCCAAGAGAAAGUCUCGUGUGGACAGCCCUGGAGGUGUGAGAAGCAGGAGAACGGUUCAGAGGAGGAUGACCUGCCCUAGCUUCCCGGAGAUCACUAGAGUGCUGCAGAACCCUGUCCCCAGUCCCCGUUCUGCUAGCCUAGACGAGCUUAUCCUGCGAUGCCUGCACUGCUUCGACUCGGAUGGAAAGCUUUCGCGGGGGUCUCAGCUAGUUCACAUGACUCUGAUGAUGCACAGCUGGGUUGUUCCCUCACAGACCUUCGCCCAGAAACUCCUCGCCCUCUAUAAGGACUGUCCAGUGGAAAAGAGAGGACUGAGACGACCGCAGGUCUGCCACCUUAUCAGACAGUGGAUCAGCAGGUUCCCAGCGGUGUUUGAGGCUGACCCUCAACUAGAGCAGAUGAUGGGAGAAUUGUGGACCCUGGCUAGGUCUGAGACACAGGCCAUCAUAGACACAUCCUACCUUUAUGAUGCCAUCCCACCAUGUCUGUUUGAGUACGCUUCCUGUCACAGAGGGAAAUGUUCCUGUACGUUUGAGACCUUCUCACAACUCAGUCCAGUGAUCCCAGCCUCCCAGGCCCCGUCUCAGUCUGUAAAGAAGAGGAAGGUCUCUCUACUGUUUGACCACAUGGAGCCGGAUGAGAUGGCUGAACACCUCUCCUACCUGGAGUUCAAAAACUUCUGCAACGUCUCGUUCCUGGAUUACCGUAGCUACGUGGUGCGUGGCUCUGUGAGGGACAACCCAUCCCUGGAGCGCAGUGUCAUGAUGUGUAAUGGGGUGUCUCAGUGGGUCCAGCUGAUGAUUCUGAGCAGACACACUGCACAGCAGAGAGCCCAGGUCUUCACCAAGUUCCUACACGUAGCCCAGAGGCUGCAUGCGCUGCAGAACUUCAACACUCUGAUGGCGGUGACGGGUGGUCUGUGUCACAGCUCCAUCUCUCGUCUGAAGGACACCGCCAGUCUGCUACCCCCUGACGUCACUAAGGCCCUGAGCGAGAUGACAGAGCUGCUGUCCUCCUCCAGUAACUAUAGUAACUACCGACGGGUGUACAGUGAGUGUUCGGGGUUUAAAGUGCCUAUCCUGGGGGUCCACUUGAAGGAUCUGAUCUCCCUGAACGAGGCCCUGCCAGACUACCUGGAGGAGCAGAAGAUUAACCUGGGGAAACUGCAGCAUCUCUACUCUAACAUCUCUGACCUGCUGUCGGUACACUCCUGCUCUCCUCCGUUUGAAGCCAACAAGGAUCUGCUGCAUCUACUUACCCUGUCUCUGGAUCUGUACUACACGGAAGAUGAGAUCUAUGAGCUGUCCUACACCAAGGAACCCAAGAACCCUAAGACACAGCCUGUAGCACCUGUCAAAUCCCCAGUUGUAGCAGAGUGGGGGUCAGGGGUGACUCCGAGGCUGGACCCAGACACCAUUUCUAAACACGUCAAACAGAUGGUGGAUUCCAUCAUGAAGAACUACGACCUGAACCAGGAUGGGUACAUCUCUCUGGAGGACUUUAAGAAGAUAGCAGCUAACUUCCCCUUCUCCUUCUGCAACAAUGAUAGUGACAGAGAGGGGGAGAUCAGUCAUCAGCAGAUCAACUCCUACUUCAUGAGGGGGAUGUCCGUAUGUGCCAAACUAGGAUACAACUUCAAGAACGUUCACAACUUCCACGAGACCACGUACAAGCGACCCACCUUCUGUGACACUUGUGGAGGCUUUCUGUGGGGAGUUAUCAAGCAGGGCUUCCACUGUCGAGACUGUGGGGUAAACUGUCACAGACACUGCCAGGACCUGUGUGGGAUGCAGUGUGUGAAGAGAGACAGGGUGUAUGCUGGGUCAUGUCCCUCCACCCCUGCCUCAGCCCUCACUCCUGUCCCAGACCUCCUGACCAAGGCAAACAGCUGGAGUUCGUCAGAAGACAACACCUUUGUUUUCCCCGGGGGUAACAGUAAUUGGGGUAACAACCGUAAUAGGAGGGACUUGGACCGGUCCACUCUGGGUAACAGGGGUGACUCUGCGCUCUCAGACCGGUCCACCCAGACAGACCCGGGGUUGUGGAUGCCUGUGAGUGUGGACAAGAAGGGAAACCAGCAAGUUCUCCCUAUAGAGAGAGACAGGGGCUGUGUUGUGAAGCCCCAGAGAUUCCUUGGCUCCUCCAUGCCCGCCUCCUUCCUGCAGGAGAAGAUGGAGGAGCUCAACUUGAUCAGAGAUAAGAGCCGAGAACCCGACUGAGCUGGGACACUGGAUACCCAAGGACAGACACACACACACACGAACGGACGGACAGACACACACACACACACGAACGGACACACACAGACAAACGGACGGACAGACACACACACACACGAACGGACGGACACACACACGAACGG